CAUCUUCAGUUCUACACCUUCAUAGGCCUUCCAACUCAAAUGGCACCAACCUUCGCUGACCAUAACUCUCUGUUUGACUUUGUAGUCCGGCAGGGUUACGGCGUCAAGGGUCUCGUUGAUUCCGGCUUACAGAAGGUGCCUAACGUAUACAUCCAACCUCUAGAAGAAAGGAUCAGUAAGCAAGACGCAGGAACACAUGUAGCUCAACCCAUCGACCUUUCGGAGCUUGAUGGACCUAACCAUGGAAAAAUUGUUGAGUCUCUCACAAGGGCUGCGGAAACUUUUGGGUUCUUCCAAGUGGUGAACCAUGGUGUGCCUGUUGAACUGCUUGAGCGUCUCAAAGAUGCAGCUCACCGGUUCUUUAAUCAACCAGUGGAGAAGAAAGCAGUGUAUCUGAAGGGGGUGAGUCCUAGCCCGUACGUGACAUAUGGUACUAGCUUUCUCCCAGAGAAGGAGAAGGAAUUCAAGUGGAGGGAUUUUUUGAGCAUGGUUUAUACCUCUGAUGAUGAUGUUAUGAAAGACUGGCCAGAAGAAGUCAGGGAAGAUGUGCUCUGUUACCUAAAGACAUCACCAGAGAUGGCGAGAAAGAUAGUGGGGGUGUUAUUUGAGAGCCUUGGAGUGAAACUGGUUGACCCUAUGGUUGAUGCACACAUUGGUGCAAGAAAAUGUAGCAUGAACUACUACCCACCAUGUCCCAAUCCAGACUUAACUGUGGGCGCUGGCCGACAUUCCGACAUUGGCACCUUAACUGUGUUGCUACAAGAUGAGAUUGGUGGUUUGUAUGUUAAAAUGGACUAUGGAAGAGAUGCUGAAAAUAAGGGAGAGUACUGGGUAGAGAUUCCACCAGUCCCAGGAGCUCUGGUGAUCAAUAUUGGGGAUAGCCUUCAGGUAUGUAACCAUAAACUUCUCUAA